AUGAGUGCUAAACGAAAAUUAACAACUUUAACUUUACAAGAAAAGUUCGAUGUUAUUAACACGGUAAAAACUGGGAUGAAGAAAAAAGACGUAGCAGCUCAAUACGAGAUACCUGCUAGCACUUUAUCAACCAUAAUUAAAAAUGAAGCUGAAAUUUUAUUAAGGUACGAGAAAAGUGGAAACAUAUCAUACAAAAGAAGACGAGUGGCUGAAUUUCCUGACCUUGAAGAAGGUCUACUGACCUGGUUUAAGCAGUGCCGCGACAAAAACAUAAGUGUAUCUGGUCCUGUUUUACGCGAGAAGGCUGAAGAAUAUUCGAAACUGCUUGGACACAAUUCUUUUCGUGCUAGUAAUGGCUGCAAAGAGCGAUUGACAAUAUUGCUAGCAACAAAUAUGACAGGAUCAGAAAAAUUGAAACCGUUAGUUAUUGGGAAAUCUAAAAAACCACGUUGUUUUUCUGGCUGUAAAUCUUUGCCAUUGGACUAUGAAGCUAACACGAAAGCCUGGAUGACAUCUGAAAUAUUCAAUGAAUGGCUACUGAAAAUUGACAAAAAAAUGAUUAAGGAUAAACGUAACAUAUUGCUUUUCAUUGAUAACUGUACAGCUCACAACGUAAUUCCACCAUUAAAAGCCAUAAAAGUUAAAUUUCUGCCACCGAAUACGACAUCUAAACUACAGCCCCUAGAUCAAGGAAUAAUUAAAAAUUUCAAAUCCUAUUAUAGAAAGGAAGUUGUAAGAAAACUUAUAGGUGAUAUGGAACAACAUUCAAAUUCACCUAUUACUGUACUGCAGGCAAUGAGGAUGGCAGAUAAAGCGUGGAGGAGUGUAUCUGCAAGAACAAUAUCGAAUUGCUUUAACAGUUGCGGAUUUUCGAUGCCACUUAAUACGUCUACUCCUGAAGAUGUUCUUGAAGAAGUUCUUGAAGAUGCUAAUUUAGAUGAAUUACAAGCAGAUUGGAAUCAACUUCAAAACAUAGAAGUUCAGUUCGAAGAUUACGUGACUUGUGAUGACGAUCUAGCGACCACUGGAACGCUGACUGAUGCUGAAAUAAUUGACAUUGUAAAUCAGAAUGAUACUGUUAAUCUAGAUGACCUCGAUGACGCUGAUUUAUCUAAUUCUGAACCAGCAAUUACAACUAAACAAGCUAGAGAAGCAGUUGACACACUACGAUCCUAUGUCGAAAGAUGUAUUGACAUUGAGGAUCAUAUUCCUCUGAGGACCUGCUACGACCAUACCAAAAGAAAACAAAAUGAGUCAUUGAACGAGAAAUCUUCAAAUAAAAGAUGUCAUUAUGAAAAUAAUAUAAAUAAUGACAAAGAUGAAGAUGUGUUUAGUGAUCUGAGCCCCGAUAAUGAAAUUGAAGAACUCGACAAUAUUAGUUACCAUUCUGAUAGCAAUAGCAGUGAAAAUAGUGAGAUCAGCGAAUUAAGUGAUUCUAUUGACACUAUAGACAACGUCAUUGAAUUUAAUGAUCAAAACGAUGACCAAAUUAUCGAUGACAAUAAUAAAAUACUCGAAUAUUUAUAUGAAAAUUGUUCACUAACAACCGACGAAAGCGUUUCAAUGCUUCUACAAUUAUACUUAAAAUAUUGA